UCCAUCUCACAGAACCCAGACCGACCUGAACAGCAGCAUGAUGGCUUCCUUUGUGCUCUUCAUCUUCACCAUCUUCCUCCUUCCUGUGGCAAGAUAUGCAGAGGCAACAAAAUGUCUUGAGUGCUUCAAUGAUGGAGGAAUUUACUGCAGUAACAAGGAAAGAAACUGCACAGAUGGAGAAAAGUGCGUAGGUAUUAUCUCUAGGGCCAAGUUGUCGAGAGAGCAUGCUUUAUCCGAAUCCUUGGCCAAAACCUGUGUAGCUUCUGCAAAUCAUUUGGAGGGCGCCUUCCAUUUCAAUUUUGGAGACAGACUUAUUUUUGAGUUUGAUUCUCAGGUUUGCGAUGAUCCAGACACAUACUGCCCCGAUGGCCUUGCAGGAGACAGCAUGCGCAUCUAUGAAAAUGGGAAAUCUUGCCCAAAAUGUUUCAGAACAGGUUACGAUAACUGUACAAGCAAAGGAGAAGUGCUUUGUAUGGGUGAUUUAGUGAACUGUAUUGAAGUGAAUGGAGAAAUAAGCAGUAUGCGAUCUGGUACAAAAAUCCCUUUUGCUGGAAAAGGUUGUGUCAGCCGAUCAGUUUGCGACCUUGAAGGGAAGUCAGUCCUGCGUGGGACUUACAUAUUCACAUUUAAAAAGCUUCAGUGUUCUAAAGCCAACGUGGCUCUUCCAUUGUUGUAAUGCCUGGCUUUCACUCUGGAGAAGAAGGACCUUGGGCCUCAGGUGUCUUUCUUCCUUCCAUGCAUCCUUGGGAUCUUUCCUGUGAAAAUUCUCUCCAAAUUAAAUCAAAGGUAGCUGGCAAAGGUCUUAAGAAAGAUCAGGUUGGGGUCAGUCUCCCUCCCUUUAAGCACUGAUGAUGUUACCUAGUUUGGUAUCGAAACGUCUACAGGAAAACCACCAAGCUCACAGAACAUCGAGGAGCCCACAACUAAAUUUAUGCUGCAAAAAUUCUAUACCUCUCUGUUGCCACUCUUAAUGUCCUUCUCAAAGUUGCCAUCUAUCUAUAUUUUUUAACAGGAGAAAUUAUGGGCUAAAUUGGAAUUAUUAACUGCCGUCCAUGUAAGUUUUCAUCCCCUUAUUAUGGAAUUACAAUGAAUGUGGUAUAAAUGUCCUGCCCCAGCAAAUUUUGUGCCCCAUCUCCUGACAUGAGGUCGAGAAUCCCACCCAAAGGCUGCAAUUGCAAUUGUUGUCGAAAUAGACUAAUAUCCUUUGGUCAGUUUGAGACCACUGUUUGCAGGCAUUUCCUUUCUCUGGAAAAACAGCUUCAGCGUUUUUCUACCUUUCCGAAAUUGUAAUUGUCAUUGAUUUGUCGCAAUAUUAAAAUAAA